UAUUAUAGUAUUGUAGUACUAUUGUCCGAUGUCCGAAUUCAACACAUUUGUCCGAAGUUUUCCAAUUUUACGGUUGUAAACGUUUCAUUUCCGACAGACAGUCAUCACUCGACGAGGAUUACAUUAGCAAUAAUCCAAUAGCAAUUGAUAAAAGGCCCAAUCCAUUUUCCGACGGACGGCUGUCGUGCUGCUCCGUUCUCUAAAAAAACACACCGUGUCGACGACGACGACGACGACAACGACAACGACGACGAAGACUCACGACUAGGUACUAUUUUCCUUCACAUUUCUUCGCUGUCGGUUUCGGCAACAUUCUCCACACGCCCACGGUAAGAGGAGAGACAUCUUAUACGAGUGACACAGUGAGUGAAUCGCAGGUUGUCGUCACCAGCGGAAUACCAGAUAAUCUCUCAGGUAUUGAUAAAUAAAAUUAUUUGAUGCACUACAAUCAUUAAAAAGAAAUCAUGGAUUCUAUAGAUAACAUGAAAGUUGAACCAUCUAGUCCAAUACAAAAUACAAAUCUAUUUAGUCGAUAUAGUAGUGGAAGUUUCCUACAUCCUGGACAUCAUAGUAGUAUCAGUAGUCAUGAAGAUGAUGACAGUGAAGACAAAGGUUCACCAAAUAAUUACACAGAAGGGCGACGAGAAGCUCAUAGCCAAUCUGAAAAAAAACGUCGCGACGCCAUAAAAAAAGGCUAUAAUUGUUUACAAGAUUUAGUUACAACUUGUCAGCAAACAGAUAGCAGCGGUUACAAACUAAGCAAAGCAACAGUGUUACAGAAAUCCAUAGAUGAUAUACAAAAUUCACUGUGGCAAAAUAAAAAAAAAGAAAAAGAACGAAAUGCUUUACGAAAAGAAGUUGAUGCAUUACGAAUAAUGCUAGCUAAUUACGAACAAAUAGUAAAUGCUCAACAAAUUUCAAUGGGUCACGUUGAUGCUAGAAUACCCGAUGAAGAAAAAUUUCAAAUGUUUCAGAAAAUUAUCGAUGGAUUGUUUUUUACAUUUUGUGAUAUUAAUGUAAAAAAUUUUACUGAACUUUCUGCUUGCAUGUUCAGUUGGCUUGAAGAACACUGUAAACCUCAGACAUUACAAAAUUUAAUAGAAACUAUUCUUGAAAAGGAACCUAAGAGUCAUACAACUACAUCAUUCGACAAAACUUCACCAUAAAGUAUAUUUCAUUUCAUUUAUUUUAUUUUUUACCAAGUAUCAGAUUAUUAUUGUAAAAUGUUUAAUUAUAUUAAUGUAAAAUGUUUAAUUAUAUUAAUAUAAAAAAUUUUUAUAAAUAUAAAUAUUCUAUUGAUAGAACAGCUAGUAAAUAUUAUUAUUGUUUAAACAUUUUGUGUAUCAAUGUAUGUAUACAGUUAAAAUAAUGAAUUAUAAUUUUAUGCUUGAUAUUGCAUGCUACAGUGAACAAUUAUAAACAUGUGUACCUACAAUUUACC